AGAGUCAACCACCAUUCCAAAGUCUCCUCUUCCUCUCUCUCUCUCUCUCUCUCUCUGUUAUUCAUUCGAAGAUUUGGAAUUUAGCAGCAGCUAGGUUUAGAUGUAUCAUCAUCAACAUCAUCAGCCAACUCCGUCCUCCGCUUAUCCUUCAAUGUCGACCUCCUCCAGCAUCCAUGGCGGCCAUUUGGAAGUUACAGUCGUCGGCUGCACCAAACUCAAGGACACCGAAUGGCUAUCCAAGCAAGAUCCAUACGUCUCCCUCGAGUACGGCAGCACCAAGUUUCGCACUCGCACCUGCACAGAUGGACAUAAGAACCCUACGUUUCAAGAGAAGUUCAGUUUUUCGCUUAUAGAAGCUUUAAGAGAGAUCAACCUUCAAGUAUGGAACAGCAACACUCUUACCAUGGACGAUUUCAUUGGUAGUGGCAAGAUUCAUUUGCAAAAGGUUCUAUCUGAAGGAUUUGAUGACAACAGUUGGACCAUUCAUACUAAAUCUGGCAGGUAUGCUGGAGAAGUUAGACUUAUAAUGCACUAUGCAAAUUCUCAUAAGCCAGCAGCUCAUUAUACCCCAGCAGCUCAUUACACACCAUCAGCUCCACCACAUGCAGUCUCAUCUACACCACAUGUGCCUUUAUACUCUGCACCACCACCAUACACUGCUCCCUAUCCUACACCAGUUGCAGCCUACUCUACAACCACAACAUACUCUUCAUAUCCGCCUAAUUCAUCGCCUUAUCCACCAAACCCUUACCCUCCUCCACCACAACCAUAUGCCGCACCCUAUUCAACAUACCCACCACCACCUUCAUCUGGUUCACCUUAUUAUCCUCCAGGGAAAGGUAUUUACCCUGGGGCCUAUCCUCCUCCUCCUUACUAAGUCAAAGCUCCUCCGCGACGUAAGUACACAAACAAGGCUCAUUAUUUGGCAAAGAAGAGAAGAAGGAAAAUUUGUAGUUAUUUCUCCUGAAUCCUAGCCUUUAUAACAAAGGUGUUUCAAUAUUUAUUCAUGUUGAUAAAUUCUGUAAUUUGUUUCUAGAUUGUUACUGGCAAACAUAUGUUGAUGGGUUUUUCUUUUUGGAAUUAUUUUAUUUGUUUCUUAUUUAAUAUGGCGUUGUAAGCUUCUUGUUCAUCAGAAACAUUGUCUACUCUUGUUAAUCCAACUUCCGUUUUCACUGUCUGGUUUA